GUCUGACAAAACUUCACAUUUGAAGUUGAAAGCCAUUCUUUUAUAGUCGGGAUUGUAGAUUUUUGCUUCUCUGCAAGUGAAAAUGGCUUUAUAUUUCCUUGUUUUAGCGUGUUUAGCAUCUUCUGUGUUUGCAACAGACCAUUUUGUAGAAAGAUUUGACGAUAGUAAAUGGGAAGAUAGAUGGAUUUAUUCAACUUAUAAAGGUAGUCAGAUGGGAAAAUUCAAAUGGACUGCCGGUAAAUUUUAUGGAGACGCAGAGAAAGAUAAAGGAAUCCAAACUAGCGAAGAUGCAAAAUUCUACGGAGUUUCAGCUAAGUUCGAGAAGCCAUUUUCAAACGAGGGAAAAGAUUUAGUCGUCCAGUUUAGUGUGAAGCAUGAGCAAAACAUAGAUUGUGGUGGAGGUUAUGCUAAAAUCUUUGGUAAAGAUGUCGAUCAAAAAAAUCUCCAUGGAGACAGUCCCUAUAUGAUUAUGUUUGGACCUGAUAUUUGUGGACCUGGAACCAAAAAAGUACAUGUUAUAUUUAACUACAAGGGCAAAAAUCUACUGACAAAGAAAGACAUUAGAUGCAAGGAUGAUGAGAUGAGUCACUUGUACACUUUAAUUGUGAAACCUGACAACACAUACGAAGUUAGAAUUGAUAAUGAGAAAGUAGAAAGUGGUAAACUUGAGGAAGACUGGGACUUUCUUCCACCAAAGAAAAUCAAAGAGGAGAAUGGAAACCAAAGCAAAUUGAUAACCCCAACUACAAGGGUGAAUGGGUACACCCUGAAAUUGACAACCCUGACUACACGGCUGAUGAUAARUUAUAUAAACAUGAUGAUAUUGGAGCYAUUGGUUUUGAUUUAUGGCAGGUAAAGUCUGGCACAAUCUUUGACAAUGUUCUGAUAACUGACUCUGUGGAAUCUGCAGAGGAAAUGGCUAAGGAAUUUGAAAAGACCAAAGAAGGUGAGAAGGCUAUGAAAGACAAGCAAGAUGAAGAAGAAAGGAAGAAACAGGAGGAAGAAGACAAGAAGAGAAAAGAGGAGGAAGAUAAGAAGAAAGCUGAAGAAGAGGACGAAGAUGAUGAAGAGGAGGAUGCUGAUAAGAAAGAUGAAAAGAAAGAGGAACCCAAAGAAGAGAAAGAAGAGGCUAAAGAAGAAACCAAGGAAGACACGGCUGAAGAAACCAAAGAACCUGAAGAAGAAAAGAAAGAAGACGAAACAACAGAAGAAACAAARAGRGAUGAACUUUAAGUUUCUUAGUUUUUCAAAGGAAUUUUUAGCUCAUUUCAAUUCAUGUCUUAGUUUCAAAUUUAUAUCUUCUAAUUGCAAAGAUGCUUUGUUUGACUUUCCUGGUGUAAAAAAUGUGAAGCUCACACAAAUCCAUCUGCCAUCUCCAGUAAUGGUACUUUGAUGGUAUUUCUUGUCGCUCUUCAAGGUCUUUAUAGGAAAAUUUGUAAGCACAUUAUUUUGCAAAAGCAAAACAUCUACAUGUAGCAAACACAACAAAACAUGGACAUGUAUGCUUGAACAUGUUGAAAUAAAAAUAGCAACAUUUUACAA